GUGGCAUCGUUUUUAAAUAUUGAGAAAGUUUUCUGAAGGGUUUUACAGAGACCGGAUCUCUGAAAAACUCAGUGGAAAACUUUUUCAAAACCCAACUCUCAUGGCAUUAGAAAGAGGAUCAUGAAAAACCUAUAAAAAAAUGGUUCAUGAAAUUUUAGUUCACUCAUAAAGCUAAAGUCCGCUUGCUCUAGCUAAAAAUGCCCACUGUGAUGCUCUUUGCUUCGUUAUGAUUACGCCGUAGGUAGUCAUGUAAAUCAAAGUUUGAAUUAGAGCAGCAACUUUACAUUUGUUUCGUUACAGUUCAAAGUACCCGUAGUUUCCAUUAUAUCUUAGUGAAGCCAUCAAAAAUAAGUUUAAUCAUAGACGUAGAUCAUAGUCUACGCGUAGAUAUAGAUCAAUAUCAUUCUCUUUCCUUUUUCUUUCUGUUGCUUUGCUGAAUGAAAGAAAUCGGAUACAUUUCUAUGUACAGAAUAGAACAAAUGUUCAUUUUUUAUUAUCAGUUACACAAUCUAACAGAGUUUAAAGCCGAACUGUAUUUUUUCUGUUUAUAAAUAUCAGUUACACAUAUAUACGUAUUUAUAUAUACGUUUUUAUCGCAUUAUGAAGAUUUUUUUCCUUUUCUACGAAAGCAAAAAAUACAUCAGAAAUUUUCCUGAUUUUCGCACAAGUUGGUUAGCUAAAAUAGCCUUAAUUUAACCCUCUUUCAACUUUUAACGAAUAUAAACUAGUCAACUCGGACUUUAAGACAGACUAUUUUUAUUCUACGAUAUGAUAUCACAUAUGUGGUUUCUAGCUGCAAUUGAAGCAGUCCAAAAAUCUCUAAUUUUAGCAAAAUGAUUCACAAAUUUAUCACUACGUUUUUUAUUAACAAAUUUAGUGGUAAACUGCUUUAAAAUAAAAUAUGUUAUUACGGAUUUACUUUCUACUGAUUAUUUGGACGAAAAGCAAUGGAUGAGCAAAUGAAUAUUCAUUGCGGCAACGAAUAAAUUUCCAAGCAGGACAAACAUUCAUCAGUAAGGGAUGAUCAAUAACUCUAGAUACUGAAUAACCGUGUAAUUUUGAGAAUAAUUGGUUUUAAUAAAUAAAUAAAUAAAUAAAUAGCUGUUUGCUAUUGAUGGUGUUUUUGUUUCCAAUACAAGUUUAAUCUAAUCGUACCUAGUAUGGUUGAUUUAGUAGAUACAUUUUAAUAAAAAUGUAUACUGUUUGCUACUAACGUGAUUAUGAGAAAUUAUCCAUCUGUAUUUAUAUAUAUAAUAUAUAGUCAUACUUACGUUGCAUUGCAUACACGAUUAGACAAUUAUUCUCAAAAUUACACGGUCUUUUUAUUUUAAUCAAAAACUAGAAAAAGCUUUAAUCAGUGAAAAUAUUUUGAUUUAUAAUCGUCCUACAGUCGAAAAGCAAGAAUGCAUUAUAUUUUAACGUUUUUUGUCUUGUUUCUAUCAUUAAAUACUUUAUUAGCAUCCACUUUGUAUAACAACAAACGCGACAGUAAGAUAAAAUUUAUGUUCGAAAGAAAUUUUUUACCGCUACUGUCCAUUCAAAGUUCUGAAAGGGCGUACCUGCAAAGAAUUGUUACGUAAAGGAAUAUGUGACAGCCGACUAAAUGUAGACACAACUGAUGGAGGAAAUAGGAGCGGCUGAAAGUCUGUCGGUGUCCUUGACUUCGUUUCCUUUUAAAUUUAACGGACGAUGAACGCCAUUUAUGUUGAGAACAGCAAGGCUUUUAAAUUUGAUAGAAAUGUCCGUCACAGAGGGUUUUCAGAGCAGCGAUUCGAAGGAUAUUCGGAAUCAGCAUGAUCGAUAACCCAUAACAUACUAGAUUUGGCGAAAAACGCAAUUUAUCAGUUAGAGUACUUCCCUCGUCACUUGAUCACGUAUCCUGAGUAUUUUAAAAAAUCGAUCAGGUCGAUUUUUCAUAAGCAAUAUUCUGCUUGUAGAAGUCUGAAUACAUGCAAGCCGAAAAGAGGUUUACUACUACUAUGUCCAUUUUCUUUUUCAUUUAGCUAAUAAAUGGACCACAAAUCCAAUAAAAUGUUAUUCGUGCGAGAGUACGUGGAAGGGUCCUGAUUCGAAGGACACAAAUAAUUGCGAUAGACCGUUCAAUCCCAAUGGAAUUGUUACUGUCACAACUACUAAAGGAAAGAAAAAUGCAUGUUCGAUAAUACAACGACAUGCUCAAUUUGGUGAUAUAGCUAUACCUGGUCAGCCUUUAGAUACAAGAAAUAGCAUAAUAAGAAAUGCUACAAAUAGCGGUUGUGAAAGUGGAAAUUUUCAUACAUGGGGAAUAGUUCAAGAAUCAUGGACUGUUUAUUGUUGUUUUACAGAUUAUUGUAAUGAUGAUAGUCUGUUGAAGCAGUAA